GGCGUCCACAGCAGGGUGCGGCAGUCAUUCUCCCUCGCACACAAACUCUUUAACAUCACGGUACUUAGCUCACCACAUCACUAAAUAAAAAUAUCAAUUGACGGUUUCAGGUGUGGCCACAACGAGAAGGAUGAGCAAGUGUGGCGGGAUGGUGUGGCCGCUACUACUGCUGCUACUGUGUCUAGAGGUUUGUGGUCAGAGAAUCGGGAAUGUGAGACUGACGGGCGGCUCAGGACCCCAUGAAGGCAACCUUGAGGUGGAGGUCGGGGGUGUGUGGGGAUACGUGUGUGACGAUCUCUUCAGCUUCGACCAGGCGGACGCAGUGUGUCGUGGCCUUGGGUACCCUCAGGCAGUCAAAUACUACGGUAACAGGCAUUUCGGCCAGAAACCUGCAGGUUGGCGCCGUAUGGAGGUCAAGUUCUGGGUGUAUCAGUCAGUAUGCCCCAGCUCGGUUACUUCCUUCAGUGAAUGUACCUUCCCUGGAGGUCUCGGUAGCCCUCAUUCCUGCCGGCUAACAGAGGUAGCGGGGGUAGUGUGUGCACAAGGCAAGCCAAAGUGUGGACCAGAGGAGUACGCUUGCCGGGAGUCCUUCACUAACAACACCUGCGUGCCUCGGUCCUGGGUGUGUGAUGGCGAGGUCGACUGUGACAACGGCCUCGACGAGGAACCUGACGUGUGUGAAGACGUGGGUGUCGUGAGGCUGAGGAGCAACACGCCCCUGAAUGUGCCCGGGGCAGCCAUGGGUACUGUCGAGGUCAAACACUACCGGGAAUGGGGCACCGUCUGUGAUGAUGCCUUCGACAUCCAAGAUGCCAAGGUGAUCUGUCGCAGCCUGGGGUACAGAGACGAGUGGGUCGGGGUAUAUGACAACUCCUACGUGGGUGUCGGCACUGGUAGUAUCUUGGUCGACCAGUUGGAAUGUCGGGGAGACGAGGCGUGGGUGGGCGACUGCCUGAGGGAGCCUUGGGGUAUGACAAACUGCCUUCACUUUGAAGAUGCUGGCGUCUUCUGCUACGAUGGGGGUGUGGAGGUGCGGCUAUCUGGUGGGAGAACCCGCGAGGAGGGGCAAGUGGAAGUGCGGCUGGGAGGAGAGUGGGGCAGCCUGUGUCACACGGGCUUUGACGACUUUGACGCUCAGGUAGUGUGUAACGUUCUGGGUCAUAGAGGAGGUGAGGCCAGAGGUCACAGGAACUCCCACUUUGGUCGAGGUCAACUUCCAGUGUGGAAUCUCGUCCUCGAUUGCUUGGGCACCGAGUUCAACCUCCAGCAGUGUCUAGUUAAAGUGACCAAUGCCACCUGUACCCAGGCUACCACAGCGGGGGUCACGUGUAACAACAGAGCGGGAGAGGUGGACAAAGCUCUCCAGUCAGUAUUGCCGACGGAGUGUGGGCAGCCAAUGGACGCCAAGAACCACUUCCUGGGUUUACUGGGCAAGAUUCGUGGAGGUAUUGCACCCACUAAGUUCGAUGCUCCCUGGCUGGCAACUGUGCGCGAGAAGACGCUCGCCAGAGCGCCACAGCUAUUGUGCGGGGCGGUGAUCAUAUCGGAGGACUACGUGUUGACAGCGGCCCACUGCUUUGAACUCCUGGCUCCCUACACGCUCGUCAUCCGCGUCGGAGACUACAACUCCCUGGAAAAAGAGCCCGGCGAGGAGGAGUUUGAUGUUGAUAAAAUACGGGUCCACGAACACUACAAUGAAGUAGCUUUUGCUGACAACGAUAUCACCCUUGUCAAAAUACAGCGAAAGUUUGGCCGGGGAAUAACAUUGGGCGGGCGUGUGCAAGCUGCUUGUCUGCCCAGAGUCGGGGAGCCAACUAGGACACUUGGGGCCUCCUGUAUGAUCGCUGGAUGGGGCAGAUUCCACAAAAAUGGAACGAACACUGUGCUUCCACGGACUGCCGCAGUGAACAUCCUGAGUGACGACCAAUGUUACCUUCCGUCUGGCGGAGUGGGGAACUACACAUCUUCUAUGUUGUGCGCCAGCAGCAGUACAGAAAAUGUGGUCAACCCUUGCAAGGGUGACUCUGGUGGACCUCUCACUUGUGAGAAGGACGGUGUUCACACUCUGUACGGUAUUGUGAGCACCGGGCUGACCUGUGGAAGGUUAACCAGUCCUGAUAAUUACACUAAGGUCACCAAGUUCCUCCGCUGGAUACAGGAGACCAUCGCCAGCAUAAGAGGAUUCUGAGGUGGAACAAUGUGUAGGUAGCUUAAAGUGAAGUCUAGAAUUCAGGAAAUAAACUCGAGUGUAGUAAUUUCAUAAAUAUAUACGUUCUACUAACAAUAUAUUCAUUCUAAUUACAAUUAUAUGGAAUAGGUUAGAACCACAAUCACCUUUAUAACUGGGGAGCGCUAGUACAGUGGCCAAAAGAAAUCAAAUCAACAAUUGACCGUUUUAUCAUCCCGUAACUUCUGGAAAAGUAUCGAGAAUUCGAUAACAACUCCUAUCUUGGCCUCUGUUGAUUUUAAAUAGAUGUGCGACACUAUUUACCACAGCGGGGUGCCUGGUUACAGACAAAACGGUUGGUGUGAUUAAUUGUGUAAAAAUUAUGAUUGGCAGGAGUUAUAAACACUAUACCAAUUUUCUGCGUCUUCCUGUUGGGAAGUACAGUGUGUGUGUGUGUGUGUGUGUGUUAUUGGCGUUGGCGGCCCAUAUGCUGCAAGGAAUAAACCUUUGUAAAGGCCUGGGACUUAGGGAUAGAAAACCCUUACCAGCCUAAUCAGGAUCUUUUAAAAGGAAAGUCAAGGACCAUGGUUUUCUGAGGAAUAACAAACAAGUGUUUGUGAUUGACGUCUCUUUACUAUAAAAAUAUAACACAAAAAUCUGACACCACUCAGCAACUUGAAAUAACAAUUACGGGAGUCAAACAAUUAAUGCAGUCAACAGUUAAUGGAGUCAAACAAUUAAUGGAAGUCAACAACUGAUGGAAUCAAACAAUUAAUGGAAGUCAACAACUGAUGGAAUCAAACAAUUAAAUGGAAUCAAACAAACAAGAGAAUCAAACAAUGAACAGAUAAUUCCUAUGGCAGCGGCCCUGGGGAAGGUCCAUUCAUCUCCACACUUGAGCGGCAGCGGCGGAUGUGUUGACACAACAGACGAAACACCGGGACACAGACGGUGGAGAUGAACUGACGGUCGUGGCAGCCGAGGUAGUAGUUUGGGAUAGGUCUCCAGAGAUUGACAGUCGAUAGGUGAAGGUCUGGGGACACAGCCCACGAAUCCAGAGCCUUUGAUGAGAACACCGCCAGAAUUUGGGUGAGCAGCGAGGUGUGUCUGGUUUGAAGUUGGGAAAUGUCUGAGCCGGUGUCUCUGGUAGCAGCGACUUCCUCACCUCCGUCUAACCCCCCCCCCAAGUAGGGGUUGCGCCAGCAAACGAGCGAGUGAGCAGCGGGAACGAGCAGGAAGAUCGUUACUGCCCUUACAACCUUCAAAAUGUAACAAUAAAUACUUUGGACCUUAA